AACGCGUAUGCUUGGAAUGCGCCAGCUUCGGAUAGGGAUGUGAGGAUACUGCGAUGGGAUUCUAGAAUAUGGGAAAAUCGUCGACGACGUCAUUGGUUGCGAUGACCGCGGUCAGGGUGAUCGGCGUUGUCUUGCUGGUCUUCGCGGUAGUUGGGUCGUUGGAUGCCGUCCCGGAAUGUGAUUUCAAUUCAAUGUGCAAUUGUCACAAUGCGAUGGUCAGCUGCGUGGGCCUCAGGAUAUUUUCUCUCAAAGACGUCUUUACUCGACCUGAAUUCGUUCUGAAGAAAACCCAGUUCAGCCAAGUAGUAGUGAGCCGGUCGGGUCUACUGCGCUUAGAAUGGACGCCCUCGGACAUGAUCACGUUAAGCUUGCCAAAGAACUCGAUCUAUGACCUAACGGCGGACGCUUUUUCCGGGAACGAGCUCUCGCUCACAAGCCUCGAUCUCAGCGACAACCGGCUGGCUUCGCUGCCUGAAAUGGGCUCACUAAAAGCUCUUCACUGGCUGAAUUUACAGCACAACGAUUUCACAGAGCUUCCCGAAGGCCUCCGGAACACCAACGUUUCGACGUUAUUUCUGUCCGGAAACGGAAUACGAUCAAUCUCUCCGGAGGCUCUGCCCGCAUCGCUGGUAACGCUUGACCUGGACGCAAACCAGAUUCUCGCCAUAGAAGGUCACCCGUUCCCCAAAGGCAUGCGCGCCCUGAACCUCGGCAAUAACAUCAUAACCGAAAUUCCGGCGCAUUCCUUCCACAUGCUGGCGGGUCUGGAGCGUCUGUCGCUGAGUAACAAUGUCUUCAAGAGCCUACCGAGUAGAUGGCGUCUCCCCACGUCAAUUCAGAUCUUGGACCUGUCGCACGGAUUUCUGCCGCAGCUGGAGGCCACCUGCAUCGGGCUUGAGAGCGGCAGCUGCGGCCAACUGCAGGCUCUCCACCUGGAAUACAAUUUCCUCUCGACAGUAAAUGAGAAGUCCUUCGAAGGAAUGCAACUCCGAAAACUCCACCUCAACUCCAACCGUCUGAUGCAGCUGCCGGACAGCUUAUUCAAAACCUCGCUUGCGUCCACUCUGCUGGUGUUGGAUCUAAGCGAGAAUCAGUUUUCGACAUUACCCUCGUGUAUUUCGGAUCUCAACAACUUGACAGUACUAAGUCUCCGGGGAAACUUCUUGACAUCGUUCGAACCCACGGCACUUUCGCUGUUUCUCAGAACACUUCAGGUGUUGGACCUUUCCUACAAUCAAUUAUCGACGGUGCCCAGCAUCCUGAACUCGACCAGUGGACUAUUACGCUUGAGCCUGCAGGCCAAUUUGAUCGAACGACUGUCACCGAAGGAUUUCACAAAGUGGUCAUCAACGCUCCGGAGUCUGAGUCUUUCAAAUAACGCCAUCAAAGUGUUGCCGAAACAGGCGCUGAAGCAUCUGCUUCAACUGAAAGAGCUGAAACUGUCUUUCAACAAUAUCCAAUACUACGACACGCUCGCUUUCGAAAACCUUGGAAAUCUCCAAGUUCUCGAGAUGUCUUCGACGUUGACAAGCGAUGUCGCCGUUCGGAAUAUUCACAAACUCCUCGCACCUCUCAAACAUCUGAAAUCGCUCCAGGUCGACUAUAAUCGAAUUUUCCAAACGCAGCCGUUCACCGAUAAUGUGGCGAACCUCGACCUUGAAGGAAACGACCUCAACACGAUCCCGCAGAUUCGUCCGACCUCGAGGAUGUCACGUCUGUCACUAAGUUACAACAGCAUUCAUUAUUUGAAGACGUCGGUGUUGAGAAACGUGUCGUCGCUCGAACAAGUGAUUCUGAUCGGCAACCCGCUCCGAGAACUCGAGUCGGAGGCGUUCUGCGACUUGAGGGCUCUCGUGAGCGUCAUAUUGUCCUCGAACCGGAUCCGGAGCAUCCAGAGGUCGGCGUUCACGAACUUGCCGAUGCUGCAACGAUUGCACCUCGAUAACAAUCUGAUCCAACACCUCAACCUCGACAUCUUGAGCGACAGCGGCAAGCGGCUCUUUCUGAAUGCGUCCAAUAAUCAGAUCCAGAGUGUUUUCUCCGAGGAAGAGAACAAAACCAUCGAUGUCCGGAUACUGGAUCUGUCGAACAACCGAAUCGAGAAAAUUCCACAGGAGGCCUGGACCAAGAUGCCGGGUCUGGUGCAGCUCGUCGCUUCGAAAAACCGAAUUUCCCACUUGGAACGAUCUCCCCUGGAACUGUCCAAGCUCACGGUGGCGGAUUUCUCAGAAAACCGUCUUAGCAGUUUGGCGGUCCUCAAUUUGACUCGGAUCGCUCCGGCGUUGGAGAUGCUCAAUUUGAGAGGCAAUGGACUCGAGUCGUUCCUCUCGGCUGAACAUUAUGUGACCAACAACGCACCGUCUCGUCACUGGCCCUCGCUUCGGGUCCUGGAUUUGUCGAGGAAUCGUCUAGGGCGACUCGAGAGCCUGCCGGCCGCCCUGCAGAUGCUCAACGCCUCGUUCAACCCGCUGAAAGAAUUCCGAGCGGAAAACCACGCGACCCUCAUGAACCUCGACGUCACGGAGACCGGAAUUCAUUCGGUGUCCAGCUUCGAGAAGUUCCAUCGGUUGCAAGUUCUCAACAUAUCGCAACUCGUCCUACAGUCGGGUGACCUUUCGACAAAAGCUCUACCUCGAGAUCUCGUUAUACUCGAUGCGUCCGCCACUAAUCUCAACUCGAUCGAACUCGAAAGCCCGAGAGUGGUCGAGCUCGAUCUCUCCAACACGACGUCCAGCACGCGAUACGUUUUGAACACACCGCUGCUCCGGAGCAUAGAUCUGUCGCGCAACGAGGUCCGCAAUCUGUCGUCGCUGCUCAGAGCGGUCUCGGCCGAACAGCUUCGCGACCUCAACCUCGAAGCGAAUCUCGUCGAUAAAAUCCACUCGAAUCUCUGGCGCAAGUUGCCGCAUCUGGCAAAACUCAACCUCAACUCGAACCCUAUAGAAACCCUCACCCUGCACUCGUUCAAAGGCCUCGUGCAUCUCAACGAACUCGACAUGCGAAACCUGAGCUUAACACAUCUCGACUCCCGCUGUCUCCAGAGCCUCAGGGCACUUGCGUCACUCAAACUGUCGACGUACAACAAAGGUAUCAGGUCGCUACGCUUGCAAGAACUGCUCUCGGACUCUCUAGCGCUCCGUCAGGUGACCGUUGAAGUGGAAGAGCCCGUAUUGUCGUACCAACUGCAGUGGGCAUUCGCCACUUCGAAGCUACGCGAGCUUCAAAUAACAGGAUCGUCACUACGCUCCAUCCUACCGGACGCUUUCCUCGGCCUGGAGAAAAUGCACGAGCUGGUCCUGCGGAUCCGACACACCAGCGUCACAGAACUUCCGGAUGGUCUCCUCAGGUACCUCACUGAUGUUCGCUUUCUGACGCUGGACCUCCGGUCGAAUCUCCUCCAGAGUAUCUCACCCCGGGUGCUGGAAUCGAAGCGAAUGUCUUACUCCAAAGGGACUCAAUUCCUAGCAGGUGGGAUACGACUCGAGGACAAUCCAUUCCGUUGCGACUGCGGACUCGUGUGGCUUUCGCAGUGGAUGCGCAGGUGGUUGCGAGAAACAGUUAAAGUUCAACGCUUUGAACCCGCGACCGCGCUGCAACUUCACAACAUCGCGAGACAGUCCACCUGUCGACUCCCAAAUGGACGGUCGAUGCCCAUCAUCGAAUUCUCAUCGGAUAACUUUCAUUGUUCAACGACGGGCGCAUCCGUGGGUUCUGCGGAGAGUAUCGCGCCGUUCUGGGCUCUCCACCUGGGAGCACCCAUCCUGACAUGGCUCAUGCUGUAUCUGUAAAUAAAGGAAUGAAUC